AUGGAUGUCUUCAAACCCGCUUUGGACAGUAGUUUGAGUCCCAAGGCGUGCGUUUCCUCGUCGGAAGAAGCAGAGGCAGAUGUUUUUCGCUGGCCGACACCGCAGAAUGGCAUCAGCGCCGCGCCGGAUGCGGAACCCGCCGCGCCGGGUUUCUGGACGGCCGUGUUCGACUAUGAGGCGACCGCGGACGACGAGCUCAGCCUCCGGAGGGGCGACCUGGUGGAGGUCCUGUCCAAGGAUUCCCUGGUGUCGGGGGAUGAGGGCUGGUGGACCGGUAUGAUAGCAGACCGGGUCGGCAUUUUCCCUUCCAAUUAUGUGAGCAAAGGGAAUGGCAUUCCGGAGGAAAUGCGGGACACCUCGGAGCAGCACUACUCGGUGCCUCCUCUGCACCUCCUGGAGAUUGACUUCUCAGAGCUGACCCUGGAGGAAAUCAUCGGGGUGGGUGGUUUUGGGAAAGUCUACCGCGCAGUGUGGCGGGGCUCAGAGGUGGCCGUGAAGGCGGCACGACGGGACCCCGAUGAGGACGUCGAGCAAACUCUGGAGAGUGUGCGUCAAGAGGCCAAGCUCUUCGCCAUGCUCAACCAUCCCAACAUCAUGGCUCUGCUGGGGGUGUGUCUGCAGGAGCCCAACCUGUGCCUGGUCAUGGAGUACGCCCGGGGUGGCCCCCUCAACCGGGCCCUCGCGGGGAAACGCAUCCCUCCCUGCACGCUGGUGGACUGGGCUGUGCAGAUCGCUCGGGGCAUGCACUACCUCCACAGCCAGGCCAUCGUCCCCAUUAUUCACCGGGACCUCAAGUCCAGCAACAUCCUAAUCCUUGAGAGGGUUGAGAUGGAAGACCUCAGCAACAAGACUCUGAAGAUCACAGACUUUGGCCUGGCUCGAGAGUGGCACCGCACCACCAAGAUGAGCGCCGCCGGCACCUACGCCUGGAUGGCUCCUGAAGUCAUCCGCUCGUCUACAUUCUCCAAGGGUAGCGACGUUUGGAGUUACGGUGUGCUGUUGUGGGAGCUGCUGACUGGAGAAGUUCCUUUUCGGGGCAUCGAUGGUCUUGCGGUGGCUUAUGGAGUGGCGAUGAACAAACUGGCUUUACCCGUUCCCUCUACUUGUCCUGAGCCCUUUGCACGUCUUAUGGAGGACUGCUGGAGCCCAGACCCUCACUCCCGGCCACAGUUCACAUCUGUUUUGGACCAUCUGACGGCCAUUGAGGAGUCUGGCUUUUUUGAAAUGCCAGCGGAAUCCUUCCACUCUCUGCAGGAUGACUGGAAACUGGAAAUCCAGGAAAUGUUUGAUCAACUGAGGACCAAGGAAAAGGAGCUUCGAUCGUGGGAGGAGGAGCUGACCCGCGCGGCACUGCAGCAGAAGUGUCAGGAGGAGGCGCUGAGAAGGCGCGAGCAGGAACUAGCCGAGCGGGAGAUCCACAUCCUGGAGCGAGAGCUCAACAUCAUCAUUCACCAGCUCUACCAGGAAAAGCCUCACGUGGAGAGCAGGCAGGGCAAGUUCCGCCGCAACCGCCUUAAACUCAAGGAUGGGAACAGGAUCAGCUUGCCUUCAGAUUUUCAGCACAAAAUCACAGUGCAGGCAUCUCCCUCCCACGAUCGGCGGAGGAGUUUGCUCAGCAGCACUUCCAGCCCUCCAACCAGCCCACCGAUACUGCCCCGCCUGAGAGCCAUCCAGCUCACUCCGGGAGAGGGGUGCAUAGCCUGGGGUCGCAACACAGGUUUUCAGCAGGAUGAUGAGGAGAGUGAGAGGAAAGGGUCCAGGAAGAAAGGCAGAUCCCAUGGGUGUGGCCAAUACAGGGAGCACAGCGCUGAUGCCAGUGUGAAGCCUCCCCAUGAGGGCAGCAGGCAGCGGUCCUGCAGCGCCCCAAACCUUCGCAGAUCCCCGAGACACAGUCCAGCAGUGCCUGGAGUGCCAAGCCUUGUGGAGAUGGAAAAUGAAGACUGCUGCUUCACUACUGAGCCAGGAGAAGCUCCUGCUCAGUCCUACCUCUGCAUCCCCUUCCACAAGGAGGGCCACUCAGCUGCUACUGCUGACAGUGAUGGAGAUGGGUACUGCCCCAGUGGCCAGGCGCCAGGAACACCACCGUGCAGGAAGAGCCCGGGAGGGGGUCGGCGCUCUGAUCUGGUGGUGCUAGGCUGUGGAGCCCUUCUGGCAGCCGUCGGACUGGGCUUCAACUUGUUAACUAUGGCCCAGCCAGAGGAGAGCAUCAAAUCACGAUGGGAGGGCUUCUUCCACAAAACAGGGGGCCAGAGGCGAGGCACCAGCCCGCCCACUCGCAGACUGUUCCGGCGGGAAAGCCCGCUGAAGACCUCCGCACCCUCACUACCUGAGCGAGGCUUACCCCCUUCUUACACACUGCUGUCCUUAUCAUCAGUGUCUGACUGCAACUCCACCCGCUCCCUGCUGCGCAAGGACAGUGAGGAGGUGCUGGUCUGCCGCCCUGCCUCACCGCCCGCACAGCCAUCCCUCCAACUGCAGCGUCAGGCCAUCAAAACCCCGGUCAACCCGCUGGUCAACACCCACCUCGAGAGCUUCAAGCGUAACCCCCGCCAGUCUCUCACACCCACACAUUUACCCUGCGCCCCAAGUUCCUCACGUAGCCUACAUCGAACACCGUCAGACGGAGCCAUCAAGAAAAGCUGCCCUCCUAAUAAUCUGGAACCAUUGCCCGAAAAAACAGCAUUACAGAACACAGGUAGUAUCAGAGGCCUAAAAGAAGACUGUCACGGGGUCCCCCGGCUCCCUGAUCCCAAUGUUGUGUUCCCUCCAACACCUCGUCGUCGCUGCGCUCCUGAACGCCCCAAAACCCUGGACUUUGUAGCUCGGCCUCGGCCUUCGCCACGGGCGCGCUGUGAUGCGUUUUGGGCAGAGGCGAGGCCCAGGGGAAAUGGACAAAACCCGGGUAACGGCGAGUCCCCUGCCCACACCUCCAGCACAGAGACUCCCCCCACUGUUGAGUUUGGGAGAGAACCGGCGGUGCUGCCAACCCCCAUGGAGGCCCCGACGCCCUACUCCCCCCGCAGGAAUGAAAACCUGUUGGAUCAGCAGGAUGAGGGACAGUACCGGGAUGGAACCGUCCCACUCUGCAAACUGGAGAUCAGCUUUCCCAAAGACUCACCUUACCGCUACAGACCUGGAUUCUGGUCCUAA